AUGCCUGGAUUUUCUACAGAAGAUUUUGGCGCACCGCUGAACAAUACAAGAUUCAACAAGAAGAACAAGAAACAACAGUCAAUGGACGCUCACGAGACCCUCGGUGAGAAGAACACGGAGAAAAUGAAACAGACCAAGCACCACAGCAAGAGGAGGAGCUUGGAAAACCUCCAAGACUGCACCGGUCAUAAGAAAACAAACACUGAAGGGGUUAUGGAACCCAAAAAGCAGAGGAAUAACUUAAAAACCAAGACGCGGAUGAGGAUGGAAUAUUUGUAUCCGAUUAUAGACCCCAACAAGAAGAGGAAGAAGCAGGACAUGGAGGGCGAUGAAAACCAGAACAAGAAGACCAAGAAAGACACGGAGGACCACGAGAAGCAGUACAAGAACACGAAGAAGGACACAGACGACCACGAGAAGCAGGACAGGAAGACGAAGAGGGGCACAGAGGACCACAAGAACCAAGACAAGAAGAGGAAGAAGGACACGAAGGAUCACGAGAAGCAGGAAGAGAAAAGCAAGGACAAGGAAGAUCACGAGAACCAACACAAAAACACCAAGGGAGAAGGCAGGAAAAAACCGAAGGAAAGGGUGGAAUAUGGAGAUAAUGAAGACUACGAGGAACAGGCCAAAAAGAGCAGCACGGAGAAACGUGAGAGCCAGGCCAAGAAGAGGAAAGGUAAGAGUAUUGAAGACCAUGAUAGCCAGGCCAAGAAGAGAAAGGGGCAGGGCAAAGAGGACCAUGACACCCAGGUCACGAAGAAAUUGCACGACAAGGAGGAACAUGACAGUCAGGCCAAGAAAAGAAAGAGGCAGGACAAGGAGGAAGAUGAUACCCAGGCCAAGAAAGUGAAAAGGCAGGACAAGAAGAAACAUGACACACAGGCCAAGAAAAGGAAGAGGCAGGACAAGGAGGAACAUGAUACCCAGGCGAAAAAGGGGAAGGGAGAAGAGAAAGAGCCAAAGAAGAGGAGGCCGCUGGAGAAUUAUAAGCGUAUCCUUGAUCACCUCAGGAAGAGGGGAGGGCGGGACAGCAGCAACGUGCUGAAGCUGAAGGUGGAGGCCGAAAGAGUCAAAAAGAAGAGGAGUGUGAGCGAGUACUGCCGUGUUCAUCUUGAGGAAGGACACAUGACGGAUGCGACCGUGCGCGGCCAUCCAUGUCUUGUCUUUUUUGACACCGGCGCCUCAGCCAGCAUCAUGUUCCUGUCACUGGCUAAGAGAGCGGGCCUCCUCACGGGCCGCGAGAAGACAGAAAAAAAUACUCUUCUCUACCUGGAAUGGCAUCCUGUUGCUGGACGUGAUCAUGCUCGACGAGGUACUGAGGCGGAGAUCACCUCUCGCAACGACGUGAUAGUGCUGUCCAUGAGCCGCCUGCAGGAGGCUGAGAUGCGGCAGGACUUCCAUCACGACGGUAGCAGCACCCUGUUCCUGCGUCACCCGGAACGUCUGCGGCGGAGACCUCAGCCAGGGCGCGAAGGGAAAGUGUUCGCGUUUGCCGCACAAGCACAAGGCGUCGAGGAGCCGCUGAUGGUGCUGCUGGACACAUGCUCUACUAUACCAUUCUCUAUCACCAAGAUCGGCCGGUACAACGUGCGGUGCAGGACAGGAAGCGAGACUGCGCUGCCGACACGAGUCAUUCUGCAGUUUGGCAGCGGCACACUCACAGUGCAGAUGAACACCAACCAGGGGGUUAGCGACUUCGACUUUGUGUUUGGACGACCGCUGCUCUGUAAAUUACGAGCAGCAAUAGAUUAUGUUGAUUCGACCAUGACGUUGAAGCUCAACAGAAAACAAUUCUGCCUCGACAUCUUCCCUCACUGA